CAUAGAAAAUGUGGACCUUGAAAUUUGAUGACAUUACUAAUACCAUGAAACGAUCAGCUAUAUUUUACCAGUUUUUCCUUCAAAGUUUCAAACUUUAUGCAUUUGGGUCCUCACAUGUACCAUUAGUUUCUCUUUUGGCUGUGGUUAAACCUCGGCCAGUAGAGAAACUGUACAAACUAAGAGCAAUAAUGGAGAAACCAAUAAUUCGAAUCCCAUCAAAAGCACCAACCCAAUCUAGAUAUUUAUCAUGUGGGGAGCUCAAUACUGUGUGCCGUGUUGGGCUCCAUGGAGAACCAAAAAAAGUCAGCAUCACUCAAUGAACCGUUUUCCCAAACUGGAAAAUUUCCCAAAGAUGCCUAUUUGCUGCUGCUUGUCCUCUACUCGGAAAUGUUGCAUUUCUCAUUUCUUGCUGAUAGUCACAUGCAACUGCAAUUACUUAUCCUGCAAUCUUUGCACAUCUAUGGAAAAUGGGGAACUGCGCAAUCCUACGAUCCAAUUCACAAGAUACACAAAGCAGUUUCUCCAUUACAACUUCUUCUUCUUCCCACUGUGAGAGAGCAAAGAAGCUAAGAGAAACAAAGAUGGGGAACCUGUCUUGCUGUGUGAAAGUGGAUCAGUCCACAGUUGCCAUGAAGGAAAGGUUUGGCAAGUUUGAGGAUGUUCUUGAGCCUGGCUGCCAUUGCAUGCCAUGGUUCCUCGGAAGCAGUGUCGCCGGCAGCCUCUCCCUUCGCCUGCAGCAGCUUGAUGUUCGCUGUGAAACCAAGACCAAGGACAAUGUGUUUGUGAACGUUGUGGCUUCAGUUCAGUACAGGGCCCUGGCCAACAAGGCAAACGAUGCUUUCUACAAGCUCACCAACACCAGGUCCCAAAUCCAGGCCUACGUUUUCGACGUGAUCAGAGCAAGUGUCCCCAAACUGAACCUGGAUGCAGCUUUCGAGCAGAAGAACGAGAUAGCCAAGGCAGUUGAAGACGAGCUGGAGAAGGCCAUGUCUGCAUAUGGGUAUGAGAUCGUUCAGACGCUGAUCGUUGAUAUCGAGCCCGACGAGCGUGUGAAGAGGGCGAUGAACGAGAUCAAUGCUGCUGCGAGAUUGAGGCUGGCGGCGAACGAGAAAGCAGAGGCGGAGAAGAUCGUGCAGAUCAAGCGAGCAGAGGGAGAUGCAGAGUCCAAGUUCCUGUCCGGUCUGGGCAUCGCGCGCCAGCGCCAGGCGAUCGUCGACGGCCUGAGGGACAGCGUGCUGGGCUUCUCCGGCAACGUCCCGGGGACAUCGGCCAAGGAUGUGCUGGACAUGGUCCUCAUAACCCAGUACUUCGACACCAUGAAGGAGAUCGGAGCUGCCAGCAAGUCUACCGCAGUGUUCAUCCCUCAUGGUCCCGGUGCUGUCAACGACAUCGCUGCACAGGUUCGAGAUGGUCUCCUUCAGGCAAACCCUCCUCAGUGAAAUAUCCCAUAAGCUUCUAUCUAUCCAUCCAUUAUGUGUUUAAGCUUUAGCAUCUAUGGCGGUAACAGUAUGGAAAGCGUCGAACUUGAUUUCCAUAAUAUUGUAGUGGGAUAAGAGUAUAGUAUGUGUAUGAUGGAAAAGUGUGGUUCAGGAGCUUAUGUUAUCCCCCCAAGCCACCAUUACCCAAAUGGGUACUAAACUAAUGGUAAUAGC